AUUUCAUCGUUUGUUGUGAACAUUUGUUACUUGUUGUUUACCUAGUUUAUUUCCUUCAAUUUUAAUACAUGCCAUUGGCAAUGAUCUUCAUAAACCAUGGGAAUUAAAGAUCUGUGGCCAUUUCUAAAUCCAUACUGCGUACGAAAACCAUUGUAUGAAUUGCAGGGCAAAACAGUUGCCAUUGAUUUGGCUGGGUGGAUUUGUGAGAGUCUCUGUGUUGUUGACUAUGAAGUGCAAGCACGUUUUUAUUUAAGGAAUUUAUUUUUUCGAACAUGUUAUCUGUUACUGUCGGGUAUAACGCCGGUAUUUGUGCUCGAAGGAACGGCACCGGUGCUAAAACAUCAAAUGAUCUCAAAACGAAAUCAAAUUCAAUUCCGUGGUGCACGUCCACGCAAAAAUGCACAAGAUUCUCAAUCGCAAGACUCUUUGCAAGCAAAUACACAGAAGGCAAGCAAAGGUCGUACACGUUUCAACUAUGUGUUAAAACAAUGUGAAGAAUUGAUACGAAGCAUGGGAUUGCAUUGUGUUCAAGGUCCGGGCGAGGCCGAAGCAUUUUGUGCACAUUUAAAUGCAAAUGGUUUGGUUGAUGGCGUUAUAAGUCAAGAUUCGGAUUGUUUUGCAUACGGAGCACGUCGUGUAUUUCGAAAUUUUUCAUUAUCAAUGCAAGGGACGGCCGGCAGUAUUGGUGGUUCAAUUGAUAUUUAUGAUUUGGAUUUCAUACAAAAGUCCUUGGAUUUUGGACGAAAUAAAAUCAUCGUAAUGGCAUUAUUGUGCGGCUGUGAUUAUUGUCCCGAAGGAGUUGGUGGCGUUGGACGAGACGCUGUACAUAAACUAUUCGAAAUUUAUUCGGAAAAUGACAUUUUGGAAAAAAUUCGAAUGUGGCGUAAAAACGACCAUAAAUACACCGAGCUUGAAAUGAAAGUCGAUGAUAAGAAACUGUGUGUAAAUUGUGGCCACUUCGGUCGAGUGCAAAGUCAUGCAAAAAGUGGAUGCGCGCAAUGUAAAAUGAACACCGGCUGUGAUUCGAGCAUUUGGAAAGAAAAGCGAUUGGCCAUAAAAUCCGAACUACAGAUACGAAAAAAAGCGUUGCAGAGCGACGAUUUUCCAUCGGAAGAAGUAAUUGAUGAGUUUAUGCAAGAGCCCAUCGACAUGUCACCAUUGCAAUUAGAUUGGGGUCAACCAAACGUGGUAAAAUUUGUGAAAAUGAUGAGUAAGCUGAUUCAAUGGGAUGAAAUUUACUGUUUUCAAAAGUUCUUGCCGUUGUUGACUCGAUGGCAAUUACACCAUAAUACCAAUAGCUCGGACGUAACUGGAUUGCGAGGCAGUGUACAACCAGAUUUCAUCAAAAAAAAGAGAACACCGAAAGGUGUGCCAAGUUAUGAGAUUAUUUGGAAAGAUGAACAACAUUGCUUCGAUAUGCUUAUCCCGAACGAUCAACUACAAACGUUUUACGCAACAAAUAAAGAGAAAAAUGAAACCGAUGCAUUGCAAUUAUUGUGGAGUACAAUCGAACCAAUUGAUUUGGUUGAAAAAUCAUAUCCAGAUUUGGUGCGUCAAUUCGAAGAGUCAAAAAUCAAAGUCAAACCGAAGAAGACAAAAACGUCGGAUGACCAAACUAAGGCGAAGAAAGGCGGACGUAAGGCGAAAACUACAAAUUUGGAUUCGGCAGAAAGUUUAACAAAAAAGCCAACAAAGAAAGUAUCGUCGCGUGCCGGUGCAAAGACCAGAAAGAAACAGGAUGAAAAUAUACGACCAAUCGAUCUAUUCUUCCAAAAACAACCAUCCACUGUGUAUUCGUCACCGAAAAUUAAAACCACGACCAAGCCAAUGAAUUUAUCCGCAUUCUCCUUGAAUUUUGAGGAUUCCAAUGUAUUUGAUGACGAUGAAGAUAUGAAUUUGUCGUCAAUUAUCAACGAAAUGGUUGCACGACCACCGAACGUCACCAAGUUCAAUGGAAAGAAACUGAAAUUCGAUGAAAUCGAAACAAAAGCAAAUCAAAGUCUGGCACUAGAAGAAAAUGCCGACGAAAAGGAAAACCAAAGUGAUGAGAAAGUGGCAAAUGACAAACAAAUUGAUGAUGAUAUGGAUGAAUAUGAUAUGCUUGUGAUGCGAAAGUCCCGAAAAUCAAUAAUUGGAAGAAGAAAAUCAAGAUUAGAAUCUAUAUCAACGGACAUGUUGAACAAUUGUUCAACACCAGUAUCCCGAGGCCAACCGGCCAAAUCAUUGAAGCCAAAUAUUCAGAUGAACUUAUCGCUGGAAUUGGAAACAUCGACAAAUCGAAAGAAUGCGAUUAUUUCGAGCUCAUUUUUUGCAGUAAAUCAAGAGGAUGAGAUCGAUCUUUUUGAAAAAUCCAUUGAUUUUCGGAAUAUGCGAGACACAGAUAAUGAUGAGGCCAACGAAUCAGAAUCAAGUUCAUCAUCAGAUAAAAGCCCAACCGCUGAAGAUGCGGAAGAUGGUAAUCAUUAUGACACUUUUGAUCGUUUAGUUGGAUUGGGUUGAUCACGUUUGUUGUUAUACAAUAAAAAUUUAAAUUUGUUACA